AUGCGGCAGAUGCUGACAAAGCUUGAAGAAGGAAUGAAAGGUGAAACUCGUCGUGAAGUUUAUUUGUGGCUAGGAAAAUCUUCUCCCGACAAGUACGAAGACUCAAUCGAAAAGCGAGUCGAGAACACAUGCGAUUGGGUUUUGGAUCGAUCAUUCUUCACCUCCUGGAUGGAAUCUGAGGAUUCUCCAGGACUGAAGCUGCUUUGGACCUAUGCACUAGCAGGCUUUGGAAAAACAAUACUGUGUGCCCAUAUUAUCCGGCACCUGUCAAGCGCUCUGGCUUCACCUGUGGCGCAUUUCUUCUUCACGUCAGAUCACGAGAGCCGAGAAGGUCCAUUUGUGGCUUUGAGGUCCUGGAUAUCUCAGAUUGCAGCUCAGAACGAAGAUGCCUUCCAACGUGUUCACGAAGCUUGGGAAACCGACUCUGCUGAAACGGCUUCUCGAAUAACCCUUAUCGAACUGUUCUCUGCCAUAAAUCAUUCAGUGCCUGGAUGCAUAUUUGUUGCUGAUGGCCUGGACGAAUGUUUUUAA